AUGGCAGGAAUGUAUACUAAACAAAGAGCAUCAACAGCUGGUCAUGUUCAACGUCGACUACCAUCUAGACAAACAAGUCGAGCACGUCUUGCUUCACCAUCAAUAUCUGCGGCUGAUGAUAGACCAGAUCUUAUUAUUCAACAAUCAAUGGAUCAAAUAUCUGUACGAAAUGUAUUUGAUUUAUUCUCGAAAUUUGAUAAAUGGGAUGUAACUGAAUUACUUGCAGCACGUGAUACACAUUGGCUUUUAACCAAUGCAGAUAUUUAUAAAGCACCAACUGAAAAUCCAAUUGGAUUGAUUCGACAGUUACAAGCAUUUAGUGAGUCUCAUAUCGAUAUUUUAUUUCCAGUUGACGAUAGUAUUCCACGUCUUGAUACUCGUGAAGUUCAUCAAUUGUUACGUGAAUUAACAAUCGGUGUUUAUUCUCUUAAUGCACAACCAUUAUUAAGUCUCGAAGCUAAUUUUGAUCUUAGUUCAACAUGUCAAAUCCCAACAGCUUAUAUUGAUACACGUCUUGGACAAAUUAUGAUUAAUUGUGAUGCUUGGCUAAAAUCUCUAUGGCAUGGAGUUUUUAUGUCAAGAGAAAAACGUGCUAAAUUUACUGAUCGUUGGCGGCAUGCAAGUGAAUCUUCAUUAGCACGUUCAGUUAUACAUGAAUUUGAAGCAGCAGGUUUACAAGAUAUAAGUCAAGAUCCUGAUUAUAGUCAAGCAAAAAAUUCUUUUCAAACUGAACCAAAAUCUGAAGAACAAACACAUUCCGAUGAUGAAUUUUUAGCUUCAUAUGCUGAUGAUUUAUCAAUGGUAUUAACACUUUAUCUUGAUCAAAUAUCUCAAUGGAAAAAUUGUUUAAUGUUUAAUGGAAAUUAUACAAUACAAUCACAAAUAAAAACUAUUCAAGAAAAAUUAGAUAAUCAACAAUUUCAACGUUUAAAAGCUUUACUUCAAGUUCAUGAAAAUUAUUUACGUAAAACAUUUUCAUUAAAAAAUGAAGUUCGAAAAUAUAUGUAUCUUCUUGAACUUUCAUGUUUUUUAUUUACUCUACUUGUUGGACUUAAACGACGUAUGAAAAAAAUUCCAAAUAUGAAUCGAUUAUUACCAAUGCUUAUUGGUGAAGAUGUUCGUACCGAACGAGAACUUCCUCCAUUUAUGUAUAUGAAAAAGCAAUCAACGAAUAUAUUUCCUAUUAAUCACGAAACAAUGUUUCAUUUACAUGGUGGUAUACAAUUUGAAUAUGAAACACGUUCACUUAAUAAUAAACUUUCUGAAAUGUUCAAGGAAAAAAAUGAAUCAUUACUUGAUACAUCUCGUCGAAUUUUAUAUGGAUAUUUGGAUAUACCUAAUUCACCUAAUAUGGAAUAUCAUUUACCUAUCGUAGAAAUUGAUGGAAAAAAAUACUAUCAUUUGGUCAUUGAUAUUGAACCAUAUUAUGGUCUAUCUCCAGUAUGGUUACGUGUCAUUCAAAGAUCAAUAGAAAAUGCUUCUGCAAAACGUUUUCUUAAUGAAACAGUUAUGUAUGAAAUGUAUAAAAAAUAUUUUGGUCGAAAGAAAGCCACAUAUUACAAGAAUCCAGAACAUGGUUUACGUGUGUCUGCUCAACGAGGUCUUGCAUGUAUUUUUCAAGCAUUAGCACGUAAAACACCAAUAUCUGGUUUAAGUAAACCUAAUCUUCGGGAUGGUCUUACACUUAUGCAUUAUGCUGCUAUUCAUAAUCGUCCAAUUAUAAUUGGUAUUUUAAUUCUAUUAGGCGUUGAUGUUAAUUCUAAAGCAGAAGUUAAUUAUGUACCAAACGGUGGCACGCCAUUACAUUUUGCUUGUCGUCAUGGAAGUUUAGAUGCAGCAUCUUGUCUUUUAGGUAAUAUGGCAGCAAUUCAAGUUGAUCAUCAAGGAUGGACACCUAUUCAUCAUGCUGCUUUUUGUGAUCAUGUUCCAAUUUUAAGAUUACUCUAUAAUAAACAUAAUGAUUUACUUGAACAAAGGACUAAAGAUAGUCGUCAAUCAACACCACUUCUAUUAGCAUCAACAUCAGGUGCAUUAGAUGCUGUUCAAUGUUUAGUUUCAUUAGAUGCUAAUAUUGCAUAUAAAGAUGAAUUAGGAAAUACAGUUAUUCAUUUAGCUGCUAGUAAUUUACAUACAAAUAUAAUUGAAUAUUUUAUUCGUUUAAAUAAUCGACUUGUGCCAACAUGGACGAUUCUUGUUGAUCUAAUAAACCAUCCUGAUUUACCAAUGAAACGAGCUACAGUUCAAUGUUUACAUGUAAUGACAACACAUGGAGAUGAAUUUUGGCGUCCACUAUUAGAAACAGAUGGUAUUAAACGACUUAUAAAAUUACUUAAAAUGACUGAUGCUAAUUUAAUAUUAUCAACAUUAUCUGUUUUGUGCAAUAUAUCAACAAAUACAGAAGUACGUUUAGCAAUAUCAACAGCUGAAGAUAAUUUAUCUGAAAUGUUUUCAAAUUUAUUAAAAUUAAAUAAUGAUGAAAUACGUUCUAAAACAUCAAUAUUAAUUGCUGAUAUAUGUUUUGUUCCAUCAAAUCAAGAACGUUUUCUUGAGUCCGAUGCAAUAAUAGGUUUAUCACGUAUGCUUGAUUCAUCUAUUGAAGAUGUCCUUGUUAAUGCAUGUAAUGCAAUUGAUUUACUUUGUCGUAAAAAUGAAUUUAUGCAAAAUGAAUUAGCUAAAUAUGGAAUUAUUGAAAAACUUACUGAAUUACUUGCACUUGAUUCAAAAGUUUUACGAGGUACUGUAGCAUCAGCAUUAGCAUCAAUAACAUAUAAUAAUAUGGUUAAUCAAACAUUAGCAUCAUCGAAAGGUGCACUUAAACUUAUUGUUGAACUUAUGCAAGAUAGAGAAUUUGGUAUACGUUAUAAAGGAUCAUUAGCUGUUGAAGCAUUAGCAAUAAAUAAUGUAGAAAAUCAAAGACAAUUUUUAUCGAAAACUCUUAAUAUACAAAAACCACUAAAUGAAUUGAUGGAGAUUCGUAGUUCCGAAGAAUGGGCAUUAGAAAUUCGUGAACAAGCUGCUUUUUCAUUAUGGGCAAUUGGUGGUCAAAUAAAAUCCCAACAACGUUAUGUAGCUGAAUGUUUUGGUAUUCCACAAAUUGUAACAAUGCUUCUAUCACAUUCAGAAAAAUUACAAUAUGUAUCAUUAAAUGCUAUAAUUGCAUUAGCCGAUGAAUGUGAACAAAAUCAAAAUAGAUUAUAUAGAGAAAAUAUUCUUGCACCACUUAUUCGUUUACUUAAACAACAUCAUCAAUUAACACAUCGAGUUUUGCUUGUACUUGUUCGAUCAUUUAGUGUACUUUGUAUUGGUAUUUCACUUGUUCCAAAUACUCUAUUACAAAAUGCUAUUGUUGAACAAAAUGCUAUUGAUUUACUCAUACGUGUAAUGGAAUCAACACAAUAUAUUGAUUUAAAAGUUGAAUGUUGUUUAACCUUAUCAAAAUUAGUAUUAAAUAAUAGUGCAAAUCAACAACAUUUAGCUAAUGAAUUUAAUGUUGAAGAUGUUGUUUUUCAAUUUAUUCGAAUAGAUGAACCUGAUUUAAAAUUACGAGCUCUAUUAGCAUUAUCGUUAUUUGCUUAUAAUAAUCUUGAAAAUCAAUCUAUUUUAAAAGGAACCAAUACGCUUGUUUAUAAGUCAUUUCAACCAUUUAUUGAUUCAUUAAAUCCAACAUAUUCAGCUAUAGCUUGUUUUCAAGUUAUUGUUCUAGCACGUGUUAUUGCUAAUAGUGAUGAUGAACAAGUUACACUUACAGCACAUGCAAUUAUGAAACUUGCUGAUCUUUUAUUACAAACAAAUAUAACUUUAAUGACACAAAUAGCUAAAUAUGUAUCAUCAUUGGCUCGAAUUCGAACAGGUAUAAGUGAUGGAUUUAUAUCUUGUCAAGUUCUUGAACGUUUAAUUGAUAAACUGUAUGUUCGAUCACCACCACAAACAAGUGAAGAUGCAGGUGAUGAAGCUGAAAUGCAUAGUGCUUGUGCUGUAGCAAUUGGAGCAUUAACAUAUAAUAAAACAGCAUUUCGUCUUCUCUAUAAUCUUGUUCGACGUGAUCCUACACUUUAUGAUAGAAUUGUUGAAUGUGGUCAACGUUCAUGUAUGUCACAAGAAUUUGUUAGAUUUUUUGAAAGUGAACGAGCAAAAGGUUUACCCGUAGACAGUCUGUCUGUUCAUCUUCAUGUACUUGAAUCUCGACCAACAUCUUCCAUUCAUCGCCAAUCAGUAUAUAGUGAUCGUCAAACACCAAGUCGUCUACGAACUGCACAUAGUCGUUUACAAUCGCAAACACCAUCACUUUGUUCAACUAUACCAUCAAUACAAAAUAAACGACGUUUCACAUUAUCAUCAAAAUUAACUCGUACAUAA